AUGUCCGUUCAAAUCGUGCCAGGCUUCAGCCUCACCAACCGGCUGAUUCUCUACGCCAGUCUCCUACUUUCCCCAGCUCAGUUCGUGUCAGGCUUGGGCAACCCUUGCCCGAGCAAUAUCGGCUUUCUCGCGUACAACUUGUACACCCAGAUCGCCUGGCACAAGGCCGUUACGGGAGAUAGCGACAUCCACGCGCUAUCGCUGAUUCUGCCGCACUUCAACCUGAUCUACGCCGUGACCUAUGUGGGCGGCGUCAGUUCCGGCAGCCUAAUCUGGGGCGUCCCGCUCGGCCUUGGCACCACCAGCGUCCUGAUUCUCAACACGGUCUCCUCUUGGAAAGCCUGGGCGGUGCACCAGCCGCGGGGUUACGGCGUCUACCAGUUCUUCUUCUAUGGCUGGCGCACCAUCGACGAGGACUUCCACAAGUAUCUCUUCCUGCUCUGGCAUAUCUUCGAUUCGCUCUGGUGCGCUGGCGGGAUCUACAUGGCGAUCUUCCUCGCCAUCACUAUGUCGGAAGUGGGGAAGGAGGCCAGGUGGUAUCGCACAUACCUUGCCAUCCCCCUGGGGUCCAUUGGCGUGCUGGUUUUUCUCGCCUGGCCUCUAAUCUUGUGGACGGAGCUCAUCAUAGCGCGGAACCAGAUCGUGUCCGAGACCGACAUGACGGCGGUGUGGUUGUUUGUUGCGCAGGUGGUGACUAUGUUGAUUCCAAAGUGCAUUGUGGAUCUGUCAUGCUUCAGGGGCAAGGAGGAGCCUCAGGACUCGGACUCUACUUCUGUGGUCUAA